AAGAUUCUCAGUCGAUCAUUGAUGCUCCUCGCGGAUUGAAGUCUAAAACAUUGGUUGCCAACUCCAAGCACUCUGGAGGAAUUUGAGACUUGACCAAAUCGGGAAUCGAACAAUGGAUUGGAGCAACCCAUCUCUCAGAGUAACCGGGGAAUGUGCCAGCUCGGCUGAAGGCGACACACCGGACGAAUAUCUGACCAUGAUGUUCGACAUCUGCAAAAAUGAGGAUGGAAAGGCUUCCGUUGCCGUCUUUCUGGAGGAAGUUCAGAAAUGCGGGAUUCGCAAGACUGACCCGAGGUUGGAAAAUAUGAUGAAGAUGCUACACAAGCUUAAGCCACAUACGUUAAGCUCAGUGGAAGACCUGAAGCUGGAUGUUCAAACGUUUACCACCGUAAUGAGGGAAAAUGUUGUGUUAAUCACCAAGGCACUGCACAACCAUAUGAUUAUCCCAGCUUUCGACGUCUUUUGUGACGACAUUACGAAAAUCUACGAGAAGUUCAAGUUUGAUACGACCGGGACAGCAGCUCCCUACAUUCCACACAUGAGGACCUUGGGGGCUGAAAAGUGGGGGCUUUCCAUUUGCACCGUGGAUGGACAAAGAUUUUCUUUGGGCAACUACGACGAAUUUUUCACGAUCCAAUCGACUUGCACACCCGUCACAUACGCAAUCACUCUGAACGAGUUGGGAGAGGAGUUGGUGCACAAAUACCAAGGUCGCAAACCAUCAGGCCGAAUGUUUAAUGAGAUCGUUUUGGAUGAUAAUAACAAACCCCAUAACCCAUUGGUAAAUUCUGGAGCAAUAAUGUCGGCUGCUUUGAUCCUGGAACUUGUCAAGCCCGAAUUGGAGGACAUGGCAGCUAAGUUCGAAUUUGUUCACAAUUACUUCAAGGAGAUGGCUGGUAUGGAAGAAGUUAAAUUCAACAACUCCGUUUUCUUGACCGAGAGAUCUUCUGCUGAUCGGAAUUUCGCCUUGGCAUAUUUUAUGCGUGAAAACAAAUGCUUCCCUCCUGGCGUGGACAUCAAAAAAAUACUCGAUUUUCAUUUUCAACUUUGUUCCUUGGAGAUGACUUGUGAAAGCAGCUCAGUCAUGGCAGCCACACUUGCCAAAGGAGGGGUUUGUCCGAUCACUGGGCAACGCGUUUUAGCCUCGGAGGCCGUUCAAAAUGUCUUGGCACUCAUGUACAGUUGUGGCAUGUACAACUACUCCGGACAAUUCGCUUUCGAGGUCGGAUUACCAGCCAAGUCUGGCGGAGGUGGAACCUUGAUGUUGGUUAUUCCCAACGUAAUGGGGAUCACUUUGUGGUCCCCAUGUUUGGACAAUCUAGGGAACUCCGUCAGAGGGGUUCAAUUUUGUAAGGAGCUUAUCAAGACCUACCAUUUCCACAGAUUCGAUGGCGUAGGUAAACCAUUAAGUCACAACACCAAGGUUGACCCGAUGUUCAAAAAGUAUGAAACAGCCAGCGAAGUGGUCAUCCAACUGCUUUUAGCCGCUGCAUCAGGAGACAACCGCUCAAUCCAGAGAGCCUGGCUCCAAGAUGUGGAUUUGAAUGUCGGUGAUUACGAUGGGAGAACUGCUUUGCAUUUGUCAGCAGCGGAAGGCCACCUCGAGAGUGUCAAGUUCUUGCUCGAGACGUGUCAAGUAAACCCAGAUCCAAUGGACAGAUGGAAUCGUACUCCUUUAAGUGAGGCCAUCGAAUUCGAGCAUGUUCGUGUUGCUCAGUUGCUUCGGCAACAUAUAGACAACCGGCCUACUGGAGGCCUAAUCUCCUCUUUCGAUGACUUUGAUAUGGAUGAGAACGACAUGGACGACGAAGAAAAUAGGACAGAUACCACAGAUAAAGACUGCCUGACAGAUGCUAUAGAUAUUCCUAACUCGAGUCAAACUGGAGAGCGAGCUGCUUUUUCGGACGACUCUAGUCCGAGCGUUCCUCAGAUCUGCGUGGAAGGAUACAACGGUACAUUCUCACCUCAACCGUUGUCCAUCGCAACUAGAGGGUUGUUGGAUCCCAACUACAUUCCUGACGUGGUGGGACCUUCGUUCCCACAAGAAAGGAGACGUUCUCUCUCAUUUUUGUCCAGUUUCCGCCAAGUCAGAGUGAACACCAGGUCUCCACGAAUGAGUCCGAGAGGAAGUCCCACCCUACCACGUGCCCAAUUUGAUAUUCCCGACUCGGUUGGAAAAUUUUGAACUGAACUUAAGAUGAUCAACUUAUGCCUGAUCUGCAUAUUAUAUGUUUGAAAGUUCGAUUGGAAGUAAAACAUAACGUGUUUCGACAA